AUGCCUGCUGGAAGGCCGGAGAGUGUACAAGGCGGCAAUGUGGAGAUUCGAGCGCCCACUGUGCCGCAAGGGGAUUGUCGGAAGAGAACGAGGCCGGAGUCCUAUACUGACACCUAUCACCCCGCUGCGACUUGCGGAGGAGUGGGGAAAAGGCAGCAAACGAAGUGGACCCUUGACAGUCGGGUGGAGGAUGUGCUGUUGGGGGGAAAGGAUCGCAUCACCAGCAUGGGGCUGAACGAAUUCCUUUGUAAUUUUCUUGGCGGCAGGGGCGUUGUGGACGCCAAUGAGGACGUCUCUAUGGAGAUGUUUCUUACGAACCCCAUGCUUUUUUCCAACGGCGAAACGUUAUCGUGCACAUUAGCGGAAUUCCCGUUAUGCCGAGCGAUGAAAAUGCUACUGGAGGCUGCAUAUAAACUGAAAGGAGAAGGCGUGUUCUUGCUUGCACAGUGGAGGGAUUUUGAAGGAAAGGAUACGGUCACUCCCAUUGCAAAGGGAGCACUCGACGCAGCCCUUCUUUUGUGGAGAGAAGAAGCAGAAAGAGAGGCAGAGAAAAGGGCAAGACGGAAGGCAAAGGAAAGGACAAGGCAAAAGCAACAAAUAAAAAUUACCCUUUCCACCAAUAUCGAAGAUGUGCUGUUGAGGGGAAGAGUUCGCGCCAAUAACACGAAGCUGAAUGAUUUUCUUACGGUCCAUUUGGGCGGAAGGGGCGUCGUGGAAGCAAAUCGGAAUGUCUUGCUGGAGGAGUUUGUUAGGGACCCUGAGAGGUACAUUGGCGAUGAGGGAUUAUUGAACGAAAUAAAGACAUUAUAUAAUUAUGUGAGGAUGGAGAUUGCUGUAAGGAAGGAAAUGGCUUUUUGUGAAGAUUUACGCAGCCUUUGCGAUAAAGGUGUGGACAAUCUACUGAAGUGGUCAGAGGCUGCUGCGGAGGUAAAAGCAAGCGUUAAUGGCAUCACCAAGCAUACUUUGGAUGCAGCCCUCGUGGAUGUGAGGAAUCCAAAGACGACGAGUGCACCGAUAUACCUGGAGAGAUUGUACGAGUCUGUGUACAAUGCGAGGUGGAGCCAUGUGGUGGAGGUCCCUGGCGGCGAGGGGACGGGACUGGAGGUGAGGGAAGGGAAACCAGAACAGUCAUGGACUUACAAGGCGGUUGGCGACACUCUCGAAAAGAAUAACGAUGAGGAGCAAUCCGGUGCAGCACGUCUCAGGCUGAUGGUGCUCGCCUCGGACAAGGGAUGGCCGUACUCGUGGAAAUGGGAGGAGCAUAAAUUCAUUCAUGACUGCUAUGUGAACUGUGAGGUGGAGCGAGCGUGGCAGAUCGUCAGCAGCGAUCUCACCGAAUGGUUCAGCAGUCACGGUGAGGCCGACUUUACGCCCAAGAAGCGUGUGUUGAUGGGGACGCCCGGGAUCGGGAAAUCUUUGGCUGCCAGUUCGUACCUCCUCUACCAGCUGCUGCACUACGAUAUCAAGAAACUCCAAGUGGUUGUCCACUGUUUUGGAGCUACGACGUACGUGUUUAACAAGACCAUCCAGACGGUGACAAAAUGCGAGGGUAAUGAAAUCUCCAAGAUUGUUUUGUAUGGUUUGUGGCAGCGUGGAAUUAAGGGGUACAUUAUCUACGAUGUGACAUGGCAAGAGACACCGCCAGCGAGUUAUUUUGCUUCUUUUCGUGAAUGGGGCAUGAUUGUGGUGUCAUCCCCAAACCUGGACAACUAUGAUGGAUGGGCGACUCAAGUAAAAGCCACGCGAAUCAUCAUGAAUUGCCCCGACGAGAUGGAUGUGAAGGCGAUGUGUGCAUGGAUGAAGCGUGACGAGACUGCGGGGAAAAAAGCGGAAUGCUGGAAGAUGGUCGAAGAACGCAUGGAAAAAGUGGGGCCGCUUCCACAGCAUAUCUUUCGUGCGGAAGAUUUUAAAGCACGAUUUGGUGCAGUUGAAAAUGCCUUGGAAGCGAUCAAUUCUCGGUAUGCUGACAGUCGCUUUAUACUUCCGGGAAGGGGGCUAUGGUAUUCUAAGGAUCCGUCCGAAAAACUCGUGAGGAUUGUCCGAAUAAGAGGAGAACGCAGUCUUGAGAGGUUUCGUAACGCACCGAUAUGUUAUUUCCUUGGGUCUCGAUCAGCGAAUAUUUUGGCAAAGGCAAUGAGUGAGAAAGGCUUUUUGUUGCUAGUAUUGGGGUCGAGGAAAACUAUUUCGUCCGCAUGUACGGACAGGUUUUGUUUGUGCGCGCUCAUCCUUGAUGGGUUUGUCAGUGCAAUGGCAGAGGAACUCAAGGAGCUGAGGCCACCAGCACAUGAUAUUCAGGACACAGUGAUGAAAGCAAAUCCUGGAGCGCACCCCACCGAAAUACGUGAAAUACCUGGAGUUGGAGGAAUUAAUGAGAAACAAAAUAUAAAUUAUCAGGUGCUGUACAUGCCGGUAGCCAGGGACUUUCCGCUGGUGGACUGCUUUUUCUUCGUGGAGUCACCGCGGAGGACGCUGGUGGGGCUGCGGAUGACUACGGCGGGCGAGCAUCACACGACAACCAGCACCGUGUGGCAGUUCACUCAGUAUCUAUCGGAGUUUUUUAAUGGUUGGGGUGAAUUUGCUCAAGGAUUGUCGUGGGAGAUUAUUUAUGUGCAGGACGCAGACGGCACGCCGAUGAAUGACUGGCAGAGAUGUGAUGUCGUCGACCCGCCGAGUGUGGGAGAUGUUGAUCAUGAGAGGAUCGCGGAGUUCUGGGAAACCACACAUCAGUACCAGUUUGCGCUGACAGAGUGUUUUCUUAGGCGCAUGUUGUAA